UAAGGGGUAGACAGGAUGUGACGAAUAAAGAGGAAAUGUGUGGCAGAUAUUUGGAGAAUAAAAUCCUACUGCUUUUAUGAUGGUCAGGAUGGCAGCACUUGAGUGGAUAAGUAAUGUGGAUGCAGCCUGAUAAUUAGAUGCGUUAAGACAGUGUUAAGCUCUUAAAAGCUUUAAAACAAAUAGAGGCAUUAAAAGAACUGAGGUAUUAAUAAAGUAAGCUUUUUAAUCAUGUGUUUAAAUCCACUCCACCUUUGUGUGUUUAUGUGCUUAUUUAUCGUUUCAUAAAAUUCCUUAUAAAUGUCCUCACAAUCACUUGGUCCUCAUUACGGAUGUAACAGAAUGUCAGUAUAUUAUAUUGGAAUAAUGUUAAAAUAAGUCUGUUUGUUUAAUGGACUCUUUCUUUCAAUUCAGUCAAUGUAUUUGUAUAGCACUUUUAACAAUGGAAAUUGUCUUAAAAUAGCUUUAUACAAAUAUAGAAACAGAAAUGAUAAAGUUUAAAAUUAAAUUAAUAUUUGCUCAUAACAUCUAUCCCUAACGAUCAGCCUGAGGCGAUGGUGACAAGGGUAGAACCUCCUGAGAUGGUAUGAGGAAGAAACCUUGAGAGAAACCAGACUCGGAAGAAAGCUCAUCCUCAUUUAGAUGACACUGGAUAGUCAAUCAUGUAAAUGAAAAAAACAGUUGUAAAAAAACAGCAAGUUGUAAACCAUGCCCAUUUUAAUGGGAUUAAUACUGAGACUUAUUUUACUCAAUGUUUCAAGUCUAUUUUUCCUGGUUCUGAUCUAAGUGCAUUCCAUCACCACAUAUUUUAAAUUUAUUUACAAGAUUUACAUGAUUUGUUUCUGCAUUGCUGGUGAUCAGAAAAAAAAACAUUUAAAGACAGUUUAAGGAAUUUUGUUCAUCUUUGGAUUUAUUACAUACCACUGAAAUCAGUGGAAUUACAUUACAAAUCUGAAUUUAGAAAAGUUUUCAAAACUUGUUUUUUAAAACCCAAACACUGAAUAUGAAAAGUCAGGAAGUCAAAAAGGGAAUUCUCUUUGCUGUAAAAUGUGAACUGCCAUCUUGCUGUAACACGAGGUGUUUUUGCCAGAAAAUCCCCACACACUGGCAGUUACAAAAGCUCCUGACUUGUAAUUCCAAGCUGAACAGAUUGUUCUGCUUUUUCUUCCAUGUGGAUUUUCCAACUUCUGAGGACAAUGAUAUACAGUGUAAAUCUGAGUAUAGAUUUGUGAAGCAAUAAUUAGAUGCUGAUAGAUAGUUUAGCUGGACUUGAGCUCAGCUUACUCAAAACGGUUAAAAAUGAAAACAAAAACGAUUACCUCAACUUGAAGAUAACCUUUGUCUCAUUUCCCAAGUGAUUAAUACAAUGGAUUAGCUUAAGUUUCAUUUUUGUCGUUAGAAAAGGAGUUAAAGAGAAGAAACAAGUUCACAUCAAUGUCCUGUUUUACAGUGUAGAGUUUAACAGUUUUUGCCUGAGACUGUAUAGGAUUUGUCAGUUUUCGUUGAGUUUCCACUCACCUCCCAAAAACUCUCUCUUGGCCCCACAAAAUGAAUGGAAAUAGUUAUUUGAAAAAGAAAACAAGCUGAAAUAAUUCUUUUGGUGACAGUAAUUAAGGGUCAGGGGAAGCAUUAUUGAGCUGCAGCUAUCAUGAUGUUAAUAGAAGGUCCUCACAAAGAUACUGGGUGUGUCUAGUUUAGUGGUUUAGUUGAGCUUUGGCUGAGCUGAACAGGUGGCUGUAAAAGCUUGGGCUGUAGGGAGGAGGAUGCCAGAUAUCUGAUAGUUUUGAUUGUCCCACUCAGUUACACACCCAAAAGAGGGACUGAACUUAAAGAAGUGGUUUUAGAGUUUCACCACUUCGUUAACAAGAGGUGUCGACUUCACUGUCGAGCAGGAACCAAUGGUCUCAGUCUUGAGAUUUCUAUAGAGUAAAAAAGAAAUGAAGCAGCAACAGAGUAAGUGGCCUGAGGCUGAUCCUCCACCCGCUCCAUCGUCCUCUGUGUGCAGAUACAUUACACUCUGCACCAUCUUGGCAAUCCUCAUCACCUGCGCUUUAGCGGGCAUUGUGAUAGCGUAUACAGUGCAGGAAGAGCAUUACUUCAUGGACACUGUGGAGUUAAGAGGCCUGCAGUACAAAGCUGACCUCAAGGAUAAAACCUCUGCAUUUUUUUUAAUCCUGACAGCCACUUUGGAAACAAAGAUACGUAAUAUUUUCCUUGCAUCAUCAAUUGCACCCCGUUUUGUCUCAUGCCAUAUUAUUGCAUACGGGAACAUCAGUAAUAAUGUGAUGGCGACACUUCGUUUGGUCUUCAGAGUGACCAAAUUUCAAAUACAAUUUACAAAGUACACAGACCGCUUCCUCCAGGAGCAGAUUCAGUACGGCUUUAGGGAUUUAGUCAGUCCAAAGCCACUAACCAUUCCUGAGUUUGGGGAAAUUCAGAGCAUCAUCUUUCUGGGUACUAGCGAAAAGUCAUUCCAUGUAAUCAACUCUAAUACAAGUAGAUGUCCUGAUGGACAGUUCACCUGUGCCAGCGGGGAGUGUGUGACUAAACCUAAUCCUGAGUGUGACUCUGUGUCAGAUUGUGCUGAUGGAUCAGAUGAGGCAUACUGCUCAUGUGGCAGGAAGUUGGUGGUGGACAGUCGCAUUGUUGGGGGUGAAAAUGCCCAUCUUGGUGAUUUGCCCUGGCAGGUGAGUCUGAGACUCUACAGCCGUCACACAUGCGGUGGCUCCAUCAUCAACCGCCGCUGGCUUGUCAGUGCUGCACACUGCUUUGAGAGCAGUAAAAACCCAAAGGACUGGACAGCGCUGGUCGGUGCGAGUUUACUGAGUGGUGUAGAGAAAGGAGCAGUCACAGUGAACAUCAAGUCUCUGAUCGUCUCUCCAUAUUAUAACCCUGUAAACUCAGACAGCGAUGUGACUGUGCUGGAGCUGGAGAAGCCACUGACUUUUACUCCAUACAUCCAGCCAGUCUGCAUCCCAUCUUCAUCUCACAUCUUCAGUCCUGGACAAGACUGCAUCAUCUCUGGCUGGGGAGCCACAAAACAGGACAGCACUGGCAAGGCGCCUCCUACACUCCAAAAAGCCUCGGUGAAGAUCAUUGAUUCGAAAGUGUGUAACAGUUCAACUGCAUACAAAGGAGCCAUCACCAAUAACAUGAUGUGCGCAGGCUUUCUGCAGGGAAAAGUCGACUCCUGCCAGGGAGAUUCAGGAGGUCCUCUGGUGUGUGAAAGCAGCCCUGAUCACUUCUUUCUGGCCGGUAUAGUGAGCUGGGGAAUGGGCUGUGCACAAAUCAAUAAGCCUGGAGUGUACUCCCAGGUCACUGUGCUCCGUAACUGGAUCAUGAGCCAUGCCGAGCCCAGUGGCACUCAGGACACACCCACGGAUUACAGCUCAACAAAUACUGUAAUCGUUCGCGCUAAGGCCGCCACAUCAACUCCAGUGGUGACUGGAGCUGUAAACUGUAGCGGAAACUUUAACUGUGGCGCAGGAGUGUGUAUCAGCAAAAUAAACCCUGAGUGUGACCGGGUUGCUGACUGCUCUAAUGAAGCUGACGAGAAAAACUGCGACUGUGGCCAGCGACCUGAAUUCAGCCACCAGAGGAUUGUAGGAGGUGUGAGCGCUCGUCGAGGGGAGUGGCCGUGGGUGGCAAGUCUGCAGUUCCAGCGUUUACAUCGCUGUGGUGCCACGCUUAUACACUGUAAAUGGCUCAUUACAGCUGCUCACUGCUUCAGCAGAAAGGAAUCAAACCCACAUGGCUGGACGGUGAGUUUAGGCUCGGUGCUCAGGUCUGGACUAGGAGCUUUGGUCAUCCCAGUGCAGAGGAUAAUCCAGCAUCCUGCCUUCAACAGCAGCAAUAUGGACUUUGAUGUGGCGCUAGUGCAGCUCUCGAUUCCUGCCCCGAGCUCCUACACCAUCCAGACGCUGUGUUUGCCCUCUCCGACACACAGCUUCUUCAAGGGCACUGAGUGUUACAUCACUGGGUGGGGCUCAAUGAGGGAGGAUGGAAAGCUAACUAAUCAGUUACAGAAAGCUCAGGUUGGUAUAAUAGACCAAUCAGAGUGUCAGCAGUCUUACGGCAGGAAACUGACUGCCAACAUGAUGUGUGCUGGAUCCAUGGAAGGUGGCAUUGAUACAUGUCUGGGAGAUUCUGGAGGCCCAUUAGCAUGCCGUGAAUCCCGGGGCCGGUGGUUCAUAGCCGGUGUGACCAGUUGGGGUCGAGGCUGCGCUCGUAACAGAUUCCCCGGUGUUUACACACGCGUCACUUCCAUCAGGGAAUGGAUAUCAACAUACCUCCCAUUUUAAAAAUGCUUGUCAUCAUAUGAACUAUUAUUUGUGCAUACUUACUUGAAAAGUUGCAUAUUUAUUUUGUGUAUUUAUUAUUUCUUAUUCCAAAAUGAAAACUUUCAAUUGACCUCA